AUGGUGGUUCUCGACAACUUCUCAUUGGGUUUACUUCUCAAUGUGAUGGUCCGGUUUUUCAACACCCAUUUUGAUUGUCCCGAUUGCGGCGUGUAUGUGACGACUUUUGGUGAGUUUUGUGCACGGUGCGGCCGACGACAAGAAGUCUACGGAUUUUUAAAAAAUUCGGCCAGAUCGAUUCGGCGACUGUUCACUUGAGAGUUUCUCAGCCGUCGCUAGGCCAGAAGCCGUAUUUUGGGAUCUGCGGUUAUGUCUCAAUCUGCGAUUAUCUCAUCGCCCCUAUACCAUAUGCUAUGACUCGGCUCAGCGGGUCAAGUAUCUCGGCUGAGGGCACAAGUACAGUGGGGGACCUAAUCCAGUGGCAAAAAACGUACCAUUUUGUAAUCGGGAACUAUCUAAAAUGUUUCAAAAUGCUUCCCUCUCCAAUUGGAAAAAGUCCGAUUUCAAAAGCGCACCCGCUCUUUUCGUGACAAGGGAUCGGCAAAACCGCGCAUCCUGGUUUUUUCUUGAAACAUACACCAUUUGAAAGAGCGUAAAAAACUGGUCUAGGAUCACCUUUUAUUAGCUGCUAUUUUUGCUCUACGCCCUAGCUAGCGAGCAUUUUUUAAAAAUUCCCAGUUGGAUUUCACGACUCUUUGUUUUUGAGAGGCUAAAGAGAUUGAAGAAUUACUUGUCAUAUGUCUUAUACCUACCUAUGACAUCCAACGCUUCACCCAAUGCCAAAAAAUACAUACUUUUUUCGGACCUUGAGAUACCCAAGUCGAUGUUCACAAUGUGUGAUCACGCGAUCUUUUAGGUACUGUAACCCAAUGCAAAAUAGCAGGUAAAAAACACAGAAACCGUUUUUAGAGUCAAUUUUAACGUACUUUCCGUUACCGGGCUUUACUCGUAAAAAUCUUGAAGCCGUUGAAAGUUUCAGCCAUAGAAGAUACCCACUAGUGGCCAAUUCAAGGGCAAGGACUACAAAUUCGAAAAAAUAAAGAAUAAAUCUUUUUUUUCUUAAAAAACGGGUCCCGUUAUACUACAAAUAUCUAUACGAAACUCAAAAACUACUUCCAGAUUUUAAUUUGGUUUGUAAUAUUGAAAAAAUCAAAAAAAAAUCAAAAGAGGUUUCGAACCCGGUCCGCAGGUUCGCCUCGUUCAGCGCCUUACCCCCACUAGGCCACCGAAGCACUGCUGCGCCUUGCUUUGGAAACCGUUCGGAUUUGUUUCCUCGGAAAAAGGGUGAGAUAAGCCUAGAACUAAGGAGUGCUCGCUAGCUAAGGCGUAAAGCAAAAAUAGCAGCUAAUAAAAUGUGACCCUAGACCAGUUUUUUACGCUUUUUCAAAUGGUGUAUGUCUCAAGAAAAAACCAGGAUGCGCGAUUUUGCCGAUCCCUUGUGAGGGAAAGACGCGCCCUUCAAAACGAAGUUUUUUACUUGGAGAAGGAAGCAUUUUGCCGCAUUUUUGUUACUUCCCGGAUGCAAAAUGGUACAUUCUUUGCCAUUGGAUCAGGUCCCCCACUGUACAAACUCUCAAGCCCGGUUCAGCCAGAAAGUCUCGCAAUUCUCUAUCGCCUCAGGGCGAAAGUAUUUGUCUGCCUAAUAAUGCUUAGGCGGAAUCUGAAUGUUGGGCCGGGCCUGCCUCCCAACUGAGAUUUCUAAGGCGAGUUAUGGUCCUAUAUGACCCCACAAAUACAAGGCCAGGUGCUGGCCCGGGCCUACCUGGCGGCUCCGGCAACCCGAGCGCCUGCGACUUGACUGUGUCAAAACUUUUUGUCCCGCCUGACAGCCAACAAAAAUUUGAAGAGAGAUACUAUUCCAAAUAGAGAAAUACAUAUAGACAAAGAAAAAUGAAAUGAUGAUUUCUUCAUUUUUUCAAUUUUUUUUCAGUUAUCCAUCGUGGUGAAUUAUCCUUUGCCGACUAUAAUUUGCAUCGCGUCGCCGACCAACCAGUAACUUCAGUCCGAGAAGGGGCAUUUGCGAUUAAUCUUGGUUGUGAAGAUUACAAGCCUUCCGAAUCUGUAAGCACGGACAUCUCGUCUUAUCAUGACUAUUCUGUUCAUGAACUGCUCUUUCAGUACGAUAUGUAAGAAUUCGAAAGUACAUUCUUUUUUUUGUUUUUUUUUAUUCUUACCGGUUUUUAGUGAGCGUAAGCAGUAUUGUCGUUUAAAAUUCCCGUGGCCUAUUGAAACGGACAACCCACCGAAGGCUGAAACAGGCAACUCAACAAAAGCGGAAGGCAAAACGACAAAGGUUGACGGUGUGAUGUCGAUACGAAAUUAUAUAAGUGUAAGUCUGAUUUUAUUCGGGUUUAGUGUGAAAAGCAUAUUGUAAUAUAUCGAAUUUUGUCUUUAGGGGACUUCAAACAUCGCAAUCGCUCAAAGUGUUCCAUCCGAAUCGGGGUUUGGUAAGUGUGGCAUUUCGUUAUUGGUUUUUUCUUGAGAAGUUUUUUUGAAGUGGGCACAUGUAAAAUACAUCAAAAUAGAUGAUAGGCUAUCAUCGGUAUUAUUUCGUUGCCCACUAAUUGCUAAAAACAAAAAAUUGACGGAAUGUCACAAAUUUUAUCCGAUUUUUUAGAUCAUCAAUCAGAAAUUCGCUUGCCAUUUUCCGGCGGCUUCCUUGAUCAGUGCAGCGGGAAAGUGAUAAGGUCUUUUGGAGGUAUUCAAUGGGUAAGUUUGUUGAAUCUUUUGGCUUCAAAUUUUUCGAAAUUUUCAGGCCGGUUCGAUUUACAGUCGGAAGGUGGAACAGUUGAAGAAACAUAAGAUGAAAAUGUGUUUUAACGAUGGGAAUAGAAUCCAAUACUCGCAAGUGUUUGAUAUUGUAAGCUUUCUUUUAACCUUUUUGAAACUGUACGCAAAAUCAGGAGAGCCGGUUAGAGAAAAAAAGGGAUUUUUACCUACUAAAUUCACGAAAAUCCUCGACGCGGAAAUCAUGUUUUUUUGUCUAGAUUUGUCUCGAGCCUCAGUAGGAACAUUUUGAAAAUCGUAUGCUAGGCUUAUCCCCACUUUUUUCAGUAUCAAAUGAACGCCCUUUUGAAUUACGCCCAUUCCGAAACGAUCCAAAAAAUCCAAGAGAAAUUCCCGGAAUCGCGGAUCACCAUGGUCGCCCGGUUCCAUCGAGGCCAGGGAGAAGGGGGAGGAGAGAACCCGUUCGUCCAUUACUGUCAUCAUUUUCUCCUCGAACUCGAGAACGUGGAGAUAUUCGUCAUGAUCGGCCUGUUGAUCCUGAUUUUAUUUGGCGGCCUGAUAAUCAAUGGGACGUUGUUUAUGAUUACAUUGGAUCAUAUGUUCUUGGACUUGAAGAGAACGUCCGGGAAAAUGGAAUCGAACGAGGAGUAAGCGUUUGAAGGUUUCCGUGGUGGGACCCAAUGUUUGGUUUUUUGGUUCCUUUCUGUAUUGCAGGAGCUUCAAAGGGCAUUAGACAUGUCUUAAGAUCACUUCCCAAGCAAAAUCUUGAUUCUUCAGGGUUUCGUGGUGGGACCGAAGUUUUUCGCAAAAGGGUAUUUCUGAAAGUUAAAAAUUAUAUGAAGAUACAUAUUUGUCAAAUUUUUGGACUGUAGUAGUUUUUUUAGACCCUCCGACUUUCCAUCAGUUUACAACGCUAACACACAGGAUAUGACUAUGUUGACGGAAGCUCAAAGUGACGUUGAAGGGCCUACUGUAGUGGGCGGGAAAACCGUAAAUCAGGAUUAUACAGUAACCAAGGACACUCAUCCUCCCACUAAAAUCGAAGGAGACCCGACAGACGACAAUUAUGAGGCAGAUCUGACUUCUACUAAUUAAUUUGUGCGAAAAGUUGGAUUUGAAUAAAAAUUUCUGCUGGAACUUUUGAAAAAUUGAUUUUUUAUCAGUCUGUCGGAAAAAUAACGGCGGAUAGUCGCGCCUCGGAAUCGUCCAUCAUCGCGACUGAAAGCCGCGUCUGGGGAUUUGGUGCGCGAUAGCGGCAAGGCGAGACAUUCUGCUGCGACAAUCCGCCGUUAUUUUCCCGACAGACUGAUAUGAGGUUUGGGAAAAUAGGGUCUUAGAAAAGAUUAAUUUAAAAUUGUGCCCGGUUUCUUUAAAAUCUGGGCGCUGCACUUGGAGUACAAGUUCACAAAUUUAUUUUGAAUUAAAAAAAAAUUUUUUUUAUAUUUUUAGCUUUCCGUUUCUCUCCACUUUGGUCAAUUUUCACUUUACAAAGCGGUCGAUUGUCGGAUGGCCUUGGAUCCUCGUUCAUUGAGCUUUCUGUUCGAUCUGAUUUUGAGCUUUUUCAAGCAGGAGUUUGACUGUUCGGACUGCGGGGCUUUUAUGACCACUUUCGGUGAGUGUUGGGCUCUAAUUCGCACGACUUUCUCAACGUGUGAUGAUCUCAUCCAGCUGUUGCUUACGCCAUUUUUGAGGAAAGUCUGAGACAUAGAUUUGAGCAAUUUCCCUGAAAAGUCAGCCUUAUUUCAGUUGUAAACAACAUGACAUUGGAAUACGCUGAUUACGCCUUUCCUAAACUUGAGGAAUCGUUUUUAAAGGUGCCAAUCCGAGAAGAUUCGUUUGAAAUUCCGAUGUGUGAGAAACUUGCAGACAUGAAAGCUAUUGACUUUGCAAUGGUCCCGUACCACGACAACAACGCCCAGCAAAUGAUUUUGCAAUUCAAGAGGUGAGCGUUGAUCCCAAACUUUUUCAACCCAAUGACGUCCGUUUUAGUGGCAUUGGUAGACUGUGCCAAUUGAAAUUCCCUUGGCCCAUUGUGGACGACAAUCUGCCAAGAGAAAUUAAUGUGUAAGUUGGCAUGUGUGUAAAAGUAAAAUAUUCGGUUUGAAGGGCUUCGGUGCAAUUUUAAAGUUUUCGCGCCGGGAAACUGUUAAAUAAAAGUUUCCGGAGAUUAGUUAGUGAAAAAAUCGUAAACAAGUCAUAUCCAUCGUUGUUUAACCUAACGGUCAUCAUUCCGUCGCAAACUAAAACAACAAAGGUUUUCGUGGUGAGACCCAAAAGUUGAAAGAAUGGGACCAAAACUAUCGCUUAAUAACAUACGGCUAACGAAUGUCGCUAGGACUCGUUUAAAGCAACUUCCUAUAGCCGUCUUUGAACAGUCAGAGGUUUUCGUGACGGGACCCAUAGUUGGACAGCAGUUUUUAUGUAUUCGGCGGAAGAUCAUUGUGGUACUCGUUUCAGCGGCGCUAACCUGGUCCGUGUAGACGGUGUCCUCUCGAAUAAGCAAUCAGUGUUAGUAAGUUGUGUAAUUACGGCAUGAACAAGUUUUUUUUCCAAUUUUGUAAUAUUUUUACGACUCUUGCAGGAAAAAAAUUUCGACAAUAUUGUUAAGGCCUCCAGUCUACCAUCUGAAGACUUUUGUAAGUAAAAAUGACGCAUUUUCAAAGGUUUGCAGCCCCAGAAACAGAACUGUACUUGCCGUUUCGAAACGACAUUAUGAUUGAUCAAUGCAGUUUGGAGAUGAUUUUGCCUCGUAACGGUUUUUUAUGGGCAAGUUACCAUAUAAAUAGUAUUUACAUGAUAAAUUUGCAAAAUUUGCUAUUAUCAUAUUCCGGAAAUUUAUCCGUUCUCCGGCACUUGCAACAGAUGGCCAGAGUGUAAAAAUUUUUGGCGGGAAGCUGAAAUUUCAAAUAUUCUGGCUAAUUUUUUUGUUGUAAUCUUUUGAUGUUUCUACUUUUUUUGGGAUUUUCGCCCUUUUGGAGGGAAGAAUAUAAUUGAAUUUUUUGUGCCUUUGAGGCAUUUUCUUGAAUUUUAUUUCUGUUUUUACGUUUGUUGAGUCACUUGCAACAGAAAGCCAAGAUUUAAUUUUUUGGCGGGCAAAUAAAAAUUUGAAAAUUUAAUUUUUUCGUACUUUUUAGGAGGGCGGGAAAUUGCCUAGAAUUGCUUCUGCGAGAUUUUUCGAUCGUCUCCACACUCUUAUUUCGCCGCUUUUACAGUGCCUUUAUCAUUUUCAGUCGGGUUCGAUCUACAGCCGAAACGUCGAACUGUUGAAGCGAAGGAGGAAGAAAUUGUGUUUGACCGGAGAGAAUGGGACCCGAUACUCACAGGUGUACGACAUGGCAAGUCUUGCAAUUUGAUUUAAAAAGUUUUUUGACCGCUUUGUGAAAUGUUUUCUUUAGCACCAAAUGAACGCCUUUUUAAAAUUCGAUUACGAUGAUGACAUCCAAAGAAUUCAAAAGAGAUAUCCGAAUUCCCAAGUCUUAAUGGUCGUCCGUUUCCACAGACGCCCCAAAAAUCCCAAUGGAACGGCUUCGAUCAACGAGAGGGAAGAGUAUUUCAACACGUGUCAUUACUUCUGGCUUGCACAGGAAUAUGUGGAGGUCUUUUGUGUGAUGGCGAUUUUGGUCUUGGUUUUGAUCGGCGGGUUGAUGGCUGCGUUGGCGUUGUUUGUGAUGACUUUGGACAACAUGCUCAAGGAGCUCAGAUUAUUGGCGGAGGGUGCUCAGAAAGAGUAAGUUUGUGGAGGGUUUUGUGGUGUGACCCUAAAUGGUGAAAGCGAUGGAAAAAUGGGUAAAAAAUUAAAACCAGCGAAGCAUGUGAUAUGAAAAGGUCACUUUACGUCUAUUAGCGUAGUUCUCACACUAGAAGUCGACAACUAAUGUUUUCGUGGCGGGACCCAAAUUUUCGAGUAGUUCAUUGAGAAUUGCGUAAAGCGAAGCCGUAAUAGUGGCUGUUGUAGUUACUAGAAGGCAUUCAGAACAAUGAAGCGCUUUUCUAGCACUUUGAACGAUUAUCUUUAUGCUACAACUUCGCAUUGGACUAAAAUUGAAAAUCUGUCUGCCGUUAUAAAAAUGUUAUUGUUUGCCCCGAUUUGAGUGUUUUUUGUUUCAGUUCUUUCCCCAGUUUCCGAUCGCCCAAUAUCAGCCUGAAGGCUGAAGCUCAGAGCCCGGCCUACACCCCAGCAGGAGGCGGCCGAACCCUGAGGGAGAGAAGCUUCUCGAGAGACACUCACGAACCCACCAUGAUUGAAGGAGACCCUACCGAUGAUAAUGAGACGGCUAACGAAGACACGGAUCUGAAAACUUUGCAAUUUUCCAGGAAAAGAUGA